AUGGGCAGCGCCAUGGAGCCCCCCGGGGGCGGCUACCUGCACCUGGGCGCCGUGACCUCCCCCGUGGGCACGGCUCGCCUGCUGCAGCUGGCCUUUGGCUGCACCACCUUCAGCCUCGUGGCCCACAGGGGCGGCUUCGCAGGCGUCCAGGGCACCUUCUGCAUGGCCGCCUGGGGCUUCUGCUUCGCCAUCUCGGGGCUGGUGGUGGCCUGUGAGUUCACCCGGCUGCAUGGCUGCCUGCGCCUCUCCUGGGGCAACUUCACGGCCGCCUUUGCCAUGCUGGCCACGCUGCUGACUGCCACGGCCGCCGUCAUCUACCCACUGUACUUCACCCGGCUGCAGUGCCCGCCUGAGCCUGCCGGCUGCACCGCCCGAGACUUCCGCCUGGCGGCCAGUGUCUUCGCUGGGCUCCUCUUCCUGGCCUACGCCACCGAGGUGGCCCUGACCCGCGCCCGGCCCGGCCAGGUGGCCAGCUACAUGGCCACAGUGUCAGGCCUUCUCAAGAUUGUGCAGGCCUUCGUGGCCUGCGUCAUCUUCGGGGCACUGGUCUACGACAGCCGCUACGGGCGCUACGUGGCCACCCAGUGGUGCGUAGCUGUCUACAGCCUGUGCUUCUUGGCCACGGUGGCUGUGGUGGCCCUGAGCGUGAUGGGCUACACAAGUGGCCUGGGCUGCCCCUUUGACCGCCUGGUGGUGGUGUACACCUUCGUGGCCAUGCUCCUCUACCUCAGUGCCGCUGUCAUCUGGCCCGUGUUCUGCUUCGACCCCAAGUACGGUGAGCCCUGGCGGCCGGCGGACUGCCCUUGGGGACGCUGUCCCUGGGACAGCCAGCUGGUAGUGGCCAUCUUCACCUACGUCAACCUGCUCCUCUACGCUGUCGACCUGGCCUACUCCCAGAGGGUCCGCUUUGUACCUGCCCUGUAA